UCGUCAUUUCAUUUUCUAGCGAGAAUGUAUCAGCAUCCAUGUUGGACAGGCUGGUGUGCAAAUGGGCAACUCAUGCUGGGAGUUGUAUUGUCUGGAACAUGGGAUUGAACCUGAUGGGAAAAAGUCUGAAGAACAAAAUGCUGAGAAGACAGAUGACUCUUGUAACACUUUCUUUUGUGAAACAGAGAAAAAAAUGCAUGUACCUCGAGCCAUAUUCAUAGAUUUGGAACCGACUGUAAUUGAUGAAGUUCGAACUGGCAAGUAUGCCCAGUUAUUUCAUCCUGAGCAAUUGAUAACAGGAAAGGAAGAUGCUGCUAACAACUAUGCCAGAGGACAUUAUACGAUUGGUAAAGAAAUUGUGGAUUCAGUAUUAGAGAGGAUUCGCAAACUGACUGACCAAUGUAAUGGUCUGCAAGGAUUUUUGAUUUUCCAUAGCUUUGGUGGUGGCACUGGUAGUGGGUUUACUUCUUUAUUAAUGGAACGUCUCAGUGUAGAUUAUGGUAAGAAAUCUAAAUUAGAAUUUUCCAUUUACCCAGCUCCACAAAUUGCUACUGCUGUUGUUGAGCCAUAUAACUCUAUUCUGACAACUCAUACUACACUAGAACAUUCCGAUUGUUCAUUUAUGGUUGACAAUGAAGCCAUCUAUGAUAUAUGUAGGCGUAAUUUAGACAUUGAUCGUCCAAGCUAUACCAAUCUAAACCGAUUGAUUGCUCAAGUAGUCAGUUCCAUCACAGCCUCAUUACGGUUUGAUGGAGCCCUUAACGUAGAUUUAACUGAAUUCCAAACCAACCUUGUACCUUAUCCAAGAAUCCACUUUCCAUUGGUAACUUAUGCUCCAAUCUUAUCUGUUGAGAAAGCUAAUCAUGAACAGUUGACAGUUUCAGAGAUUGCCAAUGCAUGCUUUGAGCCAUCUAACCAAAUGGUUAAAUGUGAUCCACGUCAUGGAAAAUACAUGGCUUGUUGCAUGUUAUAUCGUGGAGAUGUAGUACCAAAAGAUGUCAAUGCGGCUAUUGCUACAAUUAAAACCAAAAGGUCUAUACAGUUUGUUGACUGGUGUCCAACUGGAUAUAAAGUUGGUAUCAAUUAUCAACCACCAACAGCAGUGCCUGGUGGAGAUUUGGCUCAAGUACCACGAGCAGUGUGUCUUUUAAGUAACACAACAGCCAUUGCUGAAGCUUGGGCCAGGCUAGAUUUUAAAUUUGACCUCAUGUAUGCUAAACGUGCAUUUGUUCAUUGGUAUGUUGGUGAAGGUAUGGAAGAAGGAGAAUUUUCAGAAGCAAGAGAAGAUCUGGCUUCAUUGGAAAAAGACUAUGAAGAAGUUGGAUUUGAUACAGAAGAUAUUUAUCCUGAAGAAGAAGAACUAGAAGAAUAUUAAAUAGAAAUAUUAUCUCCCCUGCAGCAUUAUCAUAGCUUAAAAUAUUCUUCCAUGUUAUUACUUACAAAUUUCAAGAAUAAAUUCAGCUUUGAAAAAUAUUAAUUAUCAUGUGAUUCCAAACUAUAACAAUGGUAGCUUCAUUUAUAACUUGCAAAUGAAUUUUUUUUAACUUCUUUUAAAGGAGUUUUAUUUUUUGGUAAACAUUAAGGAUCAUUUUUUUUUUUUAAGUUCAGAGAUGAACUUUUUUUAUGCAGAAUUUUAUAACCAAAUGCUCUUCCUAACACCUACUUCAUCGUUGAUUUACCAAAGUCUGUCUUCCUGUCUGUCACUUUUUACACACACAAAUUAUACAAGCAGGCAGCUUUAUUAUUUUAAGAAAGCAUAAUGCAGUGAUAAAAAGGAUUAAACAAUCAGUUUAUACUUGUUUAAUCUAAACUAUAUCCAUAUAUAUUUUCAGAGAAAUUAUUUAAUUAAUGCCUAAUUAGCAUUUUUUUUGUUCAUUUUUUAUUUUAUUUUAUGAUUAACCAAAAGGUUAAAGGUUGUUAUAGUUGUAACAUUGCUGAGAUUCUACAGCAGAAUAUCAAUAUUGAUGUUAUUAUUGGAAGUAUAUAUAUAUACCACUUGUGAUAUAUAUUUAUACCACUUGUGCUAAUUAAGUUCUUAGAACAAUUAUAUUUUCACUUCUUUUAAAAUUUUUAUAUCAAGGAACAAAUAUAUAUAUAUAUAUAUAUAUAUAUAUAUAUAUAUAUAUAUAUAUAUAUAUAAAUAUAUAUAUAUAUAUAUAUAUAUAUACACACACACACACACGAUUGGGUGCGCUCGACGCACAACAGUUAAACCAUUCAGGUUUUGGCUCUAAUGUUAAUUGCGUUAAACUCCCACCGUUGCAUGUAUGUAUGUAUGUAGGUUAUGACAUCUUUAAAUUUACAGAUUUAGGGAAGUGUUUUAAAUUUAAUCAAUGAUUUCUCAAUUGCUGCAAUUGCAACUUCAAUAUAGCUUGUUAUUAUCACUGGAAAAUCAGUUAAUAUGAUUUGAGAUGUUAUAGGGUUCGUUACUGAUACAAGACUAAUGUGAAUUUGACCUGUUAUAAGGUUUGUUAUUGAUAUGUAGCUCAAGAUUCAUCAUUGACUUGUCGAGCAGUAUGGUUUGAUAUUCUAUGAGAUAUGUUAUGCUUAUGUCAAGUAAUAUAAUUGAAAAGUUUAUGGUUUGUUAUGUUGAUAUGUCAACUACUGGUAUGGGUUUUCCUGAAACAAGAUUUAUCAACAUGUUAAUUAGUAUGGUUUGAUGUUCUAUUGUUUGUUAUGUGUGUUGUUAUUGAUAUGACAACUAGUAUGGCUUGGUAUGUUACUAUAUUAUUAGUAUGGCAAUUAACAUGGCUUGACAUCUUACAACUAACAUUCAAUAUGUUUAAUGUAACAUGCUCUGCUUGUCAAGAUAGUAUAUACCACUGAUAUAACAUGAUGCAUUAUAAAGUUCUUAUUGAAGUGUGAACUAAAAUGCUCCAAUACUGAUUACAAACCAUAGAGGUGUUGGGGGAUAAUAUUAAUUAGUUUAUUUAUUAAUUUAUUUAUAAAUUACUAGCAAAAUUAAUAUUAACUGAUUAACAUGAAUUUAUGCUGUUUUGCUAUAUUUACAAUAGUUCUGCUAAUGUAUAAUAAUUAUGUUCAAAUAAUUAUUAAUUCUAGUGUAUGUUGACCAUUUUAAUUGUUCAAAACAAUGUUAAGUUGUCUGUUUGUAAACUGAUACAGCUGUUUAACCUCAUUUCAAUUUUUAAAAAAUUACAAAAUAACAAAAGCUUCCAAGGAAAUAUCUUCCAUAAAAGAAUACAUAAAUGCGAAAUAAAUGUUUUUUAAACACUA